GUAGCCUCAAAACGACAUAGCUGAAGCACAAGUCCUCGAGCAGAUGGGGAGGAUGGGGAGCAAUUCGAGGUCUCACUCGGCGAAUCCGAACGACUACAAGCUUCUGGAAGAGGUCGGAUAUGGCGCCAGCGCAACGGUUUACAGAGCGAUCUAUCUCCCUUUCAAUGAAGUCGUCGCCGUCAAGUGCUUGGAUCUCGAUCGCUGCAAUAGCAAUUUCGAGGAUGUCCGGAGGGAGGCGCAGACGAUGAGCUUAAUGGAUCAUCCCAAUGUCGUGAGGGCGUUUUGUUCAUUUGUCGUUGAAAGAAACCUUUGGGUGAUCAUGCCGUUUAUGGCAGAGGGUUCUUGUUUGCACCUCAUGAAAAUCGCAUAUCCAGAUGGGUUUGAGGAGUCGGCGAUUGGUUCUAUUCUUAAGGAAACCCUCAAGGCUUUGGUUUACCUUCAUAAACAAGGUCAUAUUCACAGAGAUGUGAAGGCUGGAAAUAUUUUACUUGAUAGUAAUGGGGCGGUGAAGCUUGCUGAUUUUGGUGUUUCAGCUUGCAUGUUUGAGGCAGCUGAUAGACAACGGUCAAGAAACACUUUCGUAGGAACGCCGUGCUGGAUGGCACCGGAGGUAUUGCAACCAGGAAGUGGAUACAAUUCCAAGGCUGACAUUUGGUCAUUUGGUAUAACGGCGUUGGAGUUGGCCCAUGGUCAUGCACCAUUUUCAAAUAACCCUCCAAUGAAGGUUCUUCUCAUGACCAUACAGAAUGCCCCUCCAGGACUUGAUUAUGAACGUGAUAAAAAGUUCUCUAAGUCUUUUAAAGAAAUGGUUGCAAUGUGCUUGGUAAAAGAUCAAACAAAGAGACCAACAGCAGAGAAAUUAUUAAAACACUCCUUUUUCAAGCAUGCAAAACCUCCAGAGCUUUCUAUAAAGAAAUUGUUUAUGGACUUACCACCUCUUUGGAAUCGUGUAAAAGCCCUCCAGCUUAAAGAUGCAGCACAACUGGCUUUAAAGAAAAUGCCGUCAGCAGAGCAAGAGGCAAUGUCACAGAGUGAGUACCAGCGAGGAGUUAGUGCCUGGAACUUUGACGUUGAGGAUUUAAAAGCUCAAGCAUCCCUGGUGCGAGAUGAUGAUGAAAUGAUGGAUGAAGAUGAAAAAUUUAAACCCGUUAGUGGUGAUAAGAUUGAAACUAGUUGGCGUUCCAGUUUGGGGAAGUUGAACGAAAAUAAUGAAUCAUAUUGGACUGAUUACAAAGGAGAAAUCAAUGGUGAUGAAUCACAACAGGUUGAAUGCUUAAACAAAAAGGGCAAGGAUCUUGAAAGUAAUUUAUUGGAAUCUGCUGGCCAGCAGAAAACAGGCUGGAAGACAAAUGAAUCAAGCUCUGAGGCAACAGCAUCUACAUCAGAAAAAGACACGGUGCAGGCCAAGCCUAAACCUCUUAUUGUGAAAAGUCGUCAAACGCAGAGUGGUCCACUCACACCUGGUGCUGGACUUGGUCAUUCAGUAUCAGAAAGGGGCCGCAUCUUUGAAAGGAAUGAGAAUGAAAAUCAACCUGUAAUUGAUAAAGGUAAAUGCGAAGUACGACGAACACCAAGCUUUAGUGGUCCACUGAUGCUUCCCAAUCGAGCUUCAGCAAACAGUUUAUCAGCUCCUAUAAAAUCUUCUGGAGGAUUUAGAGAUUCUUUGGAUGACAAGUCAAAGGCUAAUUUGGUGCAAAUCAGGGGGAGAUUUUCAGUGACAUCAGAAAAUUUGGAUCUUGUAAAGGAUAUUCCAUCGAGUCCAGUACCUCGUCGAUCUUCACAGGGAUCACCUCUGAGAAAGUCUGCUAGCGUUGGUGAUUGGGUAUUUGACUACAGGCAAAUGCCUGCCACUCUGUCAAUGAAGGAGUUCAACAACAGCAACUUACCUGCAUCACUUCUCCUGCCUCAGCUUCAGAAUCUUUUUCAACAGACGUUGAUUCAACAGGAUAUUAUUAUGAAUUUGCUAAACAGCUUGCAACCAGCUGAGGCAGUAGAAGCUACUCAAAAUGGAAAGUUACCUCCAUUGCCUCGCAGUUCUGAGAACAAUGGAAAUGUUGAAACUGCAAUUUCUGAGAGGGAGCGUUUAUUGCUCGCCAAAGUAUCGGAGCUUCAAGCCAGGAUGAGCAACUUGAGUGAUGAACUGAAUGCUGAAAAGAUGAGACACAAUCAAUUGCAACAACAGCUAAAUGCUGUAUGUGGGCAGGAAAAUGGAGAAAGAAGUUGACGGUGCGUGACCCAAAGGUGUAAUUGGUGUAAAGGAAUCCACGGUGUACAUCCGGCCACAAGCUGUAGACCGUUUCUCUCCAACGAAUUUUCCUCUUUGCUGAAUGGGAAUUGUUUAUGGCUGCCGAUAAAGGUAAAUGCAUCGAGAGGAUAGAAGUUGCUGUUCCUGGAUCUCCUCCCAUUGUAGGUAAUAAGUUUCCUUCCUCAAGGAUUUCAGCCACUUCAGAAUCCAGAUGAGUAAUAUGCGAGUUUACGGGUUCAUCAUGAUGUGAUUUGUGUGGUUUGGAAACAGAAAAUUAGGUCCUUCCCUGCAGUGAUGAUCGUAGCCAUGAUCCCAAGGAAAAGAGAAGGUUAUAUGUGCUUUAUAGUUAAUAGGGAUGCAUUUUAUUUUAUAUUUAUAAAUGUUUAAACAGAUUUUAUGAGCUUGUAUAUGAUGGCUGUAGAACACAAAUAUUUUUUUUUCUUUUUCUUCUCCUUUAAAGGGGGAACAACCAGUGGCAAGUCAUGGUUUUCCACCCCUUUCGGGAGCCGGGAAGACUCAUAGAGGCAUUUCAGCCUUUCUCUGAUCACAAUGUUUAUUUAUUAUUUGAUAUAUACUAAAUCUACUUCAUCGAAA